GAAGUUAACAUCAUGGAAAGUCAGCAGACAUCAUUUCUGUGUAUAUUAUAUAAAUAGAUACACAAAUGCACCCAUAGUUGGUAGGGCAAAACAAGUGCUACCAACACUUUCUUAAUGUUUGUUUUUGCUUUUCUUCCCUUUUGCUUAGGGACACAUCUUUAAAAGCUUCUUUGAAGCUGAGGUUUUCGAUCAGAAUUAGGGAUGAAAAAAAUGGGUUCACCAGAGAAAAAUGGGUUCCUGAGGGAGAACAAAACCAGGCAUAAUAUAUUCAUAAUUUUCAGAUAUGCUGAUUGGGUUGAUGUUCUGCUGAUGGUAAUGGGUACCAUUGGAGCUAUCGGCGAUGGAAUGUCGACCAACUGGUUAAUACUCUUCGUCAGCCGUAUAAUGAACAGCUUGGGCUUUGGAAGUUCCCACAAAAACAGUAACAACUUCAUGGGAGAGGUCGAAAAGUGCACAUUAUACUUUACAUACUUGGGAUUAGCAGGCAUGGUGGUGGCUUUCAUGGAAGGGUACUGUUGGAGCAAAACCAGCGAGCGGCAAGUGCUGAAGAUCCGUUACAAGUAUUUAGAAGCAAUACUUAAACAAGAAGUCGGGUUCUUCGAUUCACAGGAAGCAACCACAUCGGAGGUCAUCAACAGCGUAUCCAAAGACACAUCUCUCAUACAAGAAGUCCUUAGCGAGAAGGUUCCAUUGUUUGUGAUGAACACGACGGCCUUCAUAUCGGGCCUGGCAUUCUCGGCAUAUCUUUCAUGGAGGUUGGCUUUGGUUGUUUUCCCGACAAUUCUUUUGCUGAUAAUCCCUGGAAUACUUUAUGGGAAGUACCUUUUGUAUAUCUCGAAGAAGGUUUCCGAGGAAUAUGGGAAGGCAAACGCCGUAGUGGAGCAGGCUCUGAGCUCGAUUAAGACGGUGUAUUCAUUCACGGCGGAGAGGAGGAUCGUGGAGAGGUAUUCGGCGAUAUUGGAUGGGGCGGUGAAGUUGGGGUUGAAGCAAGGGAUAGCCAAAGGGUUGGCAGUGGGGAGCACAGGGAUUUCUUUUGCCAUAUGGGCCUUUGUUGCUUGGUAUGGAAGUCAUCUGGUCAUGUAUAAAGGAGAGAGUGGUGGAAGGGUUUAUACUGCUGGUCUCUGCUUUAUCUUGGGAGGACUGGCACUUGGAGUAGCACUAGCUGAUCUAAAGCACUUCACGGAAGCCACCGUCGCCGCCGCCAGCAUCUUCGCCAGGAUCGACCGUACACCUCAGAUACAAAGCGAAGACACCAACGGCAUCGUGCUACCCACAAUCCGAGGAGACAUAGAGUUCGACAACGUCGGAUUCGUGUACCCCUCACGCCCCGAUUCCGUAGUUCUCAAACACUUCAACCUCAAAGUCGAAGCGGGCAAAACUGUGGCCCUUGUCGGUGCAAGCGGGAGUGGAAAAUCCACCGCCAUCGCAUUGGUGCAACGGUUUUACGAUGUAAACAACGGAGCGGUGAAAAUCGAUGGCGUCGAUAUAAGAAGGCUACAAUUGAAAUGGAUCAGAGGAAAGAUGGGGCUCGUUAGCCAAGAAAAUGCAUUGUUUGGGACUUCCAUAAGGGAAAAUAUAAUGUUCGGGAAGCUAGAUGCUACCAUGGAUGAAGUAAUGGCUGCUGCCAUGGCUGCUAAUGCUCAUAAUUUCAUUAGACAGCUUCCUCAAGGUUAUGAAACAAAGAUUGGGGAAAGGGGAGCACUGUUGUCAGGAGGACAAAAGCAGCGUAUCGCCAUUGCUAGAGCCAUUAUAAAGAACCCUGUGAUACUGCUACUUGAUGAGGCGACGAGUGCCCUUGAUUCUGAAUCGGAAACACUGGUACAAAAUGCACUUGAUCAGGCCUCCAUGGGAAGAACCACUCUGGUCGUUGCCCACAAGCUCUCCACUAUUCGAAAUGCAAACCUCAUUGCUGUUGUUGACAAUGGUUGCAUCAUUGAAAUCGGAUCCCAAGAUGACCUCAUGAACAUGAAGAACGGUCACUAUGCACGGCUCGCCAAGCUACAACGACAAUUCAGCUGCAGCGACCAUGAACACAAUCUCGAAACACGCCUUCCGUCUGCUGGAAGAACGAGUACCGGCAGGCUAAGCACUGCAAAAUCGAGCCCGAGUCCGGCUUUCUUUGCUACACCAAUGACUAAUAUAGAAACUUCUAAAUCGGUAUCUCAUCCCCCUCCUUCCUUCCUUAGGCUCCUCUCUUUAAAUUCGCCGGAAUGUAGACAUGGUUUGAUUGGUAGCCUCUCGGCGAUAGCUUUCGGAGCCGUUCAACCCGUCUAUGCUUUAACAAUCGGUGGCAUGAUUUCGGCAUUUUUCGCGACAAGUCACCAAGAAAUGCAGGCUCGGAUACGUACUUAUGCUUUGAUAUUUUCUUUGCUCACGUUGCUCUCCUUCAUUUUGAAUCUUAUUCAGCAGUAUAGUUUUGCUUACAUGGGUGAGCGGUUAACUAGGAGAAUUCGAAGUAGAAUGCUAGAGAAAAUGCUUUCCUUCGAACCUGCUUGGUUUGAUGAAGAAAAAAACUCCAAUGGAGCUUUAUGUUCGAGUUUGAGCAAUCAGGCAUCGAUGGUUAAGACUCUCAUAGCGGACCGAAUCUCGUUGUUAGUUCAAACUACUUCUGCCGUUACCAUCGCGAUGAUUAUCGGACUAAUCGUGGCAUGGAAAUUAGCAGUAGUGAUGAUUGCAGUCCAACCUCUUACAAUCAUGUGUUUCUACGCACGGAAAGUUUUGCUUUCCAGCAUUUCAACAAACUUCGUCAAGGCACAAAAUCAAAGCACUCAAAUAGCAGUGGAAGCCGUUUAUAAUCAUCGAAUAGUAACUUCGUUCGGGAGCCUCGGUAAGGUUCUUCAACUUUUCGACGAGGCACAAGAGGAACCGAGGAAAGAGGCUAGGAAAAAAUCAUGGCUCGCAGGGAUUGGUAUGGGGUCAGCUGUUUGCUUAACCUUUAUGUCGUGGGCUUUAGAUUUUUGGUAUGGAGGUACACUGGUUCAAAAGGGAGAUAUAUCAGCAGGGGAUGUGUUUAAGACCUUCUUUAUCUUAGUUAGCACCGGAAAGGUCAUAGCUGAAGCCGGAAGCAUGACCGCCGAUCUAGCCAAGGGAUCAACUGCGGUGACAUCCAUAUUCGAGAUCCUUGAUCGGCAAUCCUCGAUUUUUCCAGGAUCUCAAGGAGGAGAUGGCACCAAUGGAACAAAGCUAGAAAGAAUAAGUGGAAAGAUAGAGUUGAAGAAGGUUGAUUUUGCAUAUCCAAGCAGGCCGGAUAUGCUCGUGUUGCGCCAAUUUAGCUUGGAGGUGAAACCGGGUGCGAGCAUUGGACUAGUCGGGAAAAGCGGAUGUGGAAAAUCAACUGUGAUUGGAUUAAUACAAAGAUUUUACGAUGUCGAAAUGGGGUCGGUGAGAGUAGACGGUAUAGACAUAAGAGGACUAGACAUCCAAUGGUACAGGAGGCAAACGGCAUUGGUCUGCCAAGAGCCAGUGUUAUAUUCAGGCACCAUCCGGGAUAACAUUGUGUUUGGAAAGCUCGAUGCAUCUGAGAACGAAGUUGCGGAAGCAUCUAGAGCUGCAAAUGCUCAUGAAUUCAUCUCAGCAUUGAAGGAAGGAUAUAAAACAGAAUGCGGAGAAAGAGGAGUGCAACUAUCAGGAGGACAGAAACAAAGAAUAGCCAUUGCAAGAGCUAUAAUUCGGAACCCAAGGAUACUCUUACUAGACGAGGCGACUAGCGCUCUGGACGUGCAAUCUGAACAAGUAGUCCAAGAAGCUUUGGAUCGAAUCAUGAUGGGAAGGACCACCGUUGUGAUCGCCCAUCGGCUUAACACAAUAAAAAAAGUUGAUUCAAUCGCAUUUGUGGCCGAUGGAAAGGUGGUGGAGCGAGGUACCUAUGCCCAGCUCAAGAACCAGCAAGGAGCAUUUUCCAAGCUUGCAGACGUGGUAUAACUGACGAAGGAAAGAAUGGUUAUUCUCCUUCAAUGUUCACUGCCUUGGCUGGCGUUUCCUAUUUGGUUUUAAAUCGACAAC